UACAGGGGGUGCUGUUUCGCAUUAGCAUAAUUGCCUCUACAGAUUAAACUGCCUCUUUUUCAAUUAUUGCUGUUACUAUAUGCAUAUAACCAUAUAGCAUUGGAUAGAAAACAAGCUAUGGUUUCUAAAACCGUUCCAAUUGAGUCUCUGAGUCAAACACAGGUCAUUUCACAGCACUUUCCCUGAGCCAGAAGAAAAUUGCAAGAUGUGUAUGCUCGCUUCAAAGCUCUGCCUAUAUAUGGUCACGCGACCUAUGACCCGAAUCACACUUCCUUCUUCUUCCUCUGGGUGUCUGGAAGACGUCAGAGGAGAAAUGUUUUGUUUAUCUUGUACUGACGUGAAAUAAGACCUAUUUCUUUAGCGUGACCGACAACUUCCGGUUUCUGAAAUGCGCGUUUUCAGAGGUGGCAUUGUAUUUUGUUAUGCUGACGUUACGGAUGAAAACUAUCUCCGUGUCGAAGUUUGUUUGAAACAUGUGACCAUAUCACCGUAAUGUAUGUUUUUUCAAUAUAGUUUAAUCAGAUUAUUAGAAUUUUUUCGGGAGUUUUGCCGUGUUCCGUUCUUUGAGUUUUUUAACUUUGGACAUGGACCGUGCCAGUCGACCAGUACCCAGGCUAAAUGAAGAGGGGAGGUUGCCAUUGUGAAUGGAUUGAACGACUCAUCAGGACUAAGGACACCUUGAUCAACAUUCUGAUGAAAGACCAGCAAUAGUGUAGCACUUCUCGCAUCGUUUAAAAACAAGAAAUGGACAGUGACAGGGAUCUGAUUGAUGCUGUAAAUGUGACGGGAAGAGAGGGAAGGAAAGUAACUUUACCGACUGGACUUACUGAACUACGUAGUGGCGCUGUUAUAGCAUGGUCUUUCCCAUUGAGUCGUUCAGAUUCAUUUGAGAACAUAGCUCUGCUGAAUGCUGGUGUAAUUAAAACGGACUAUGGUAGGAAGUUCAAGGACAGACUGAAGCUGGAUACUCAGACUGGAUCUCUCACCAUCAGAAACCUCACCAUCAACGACUCUGGACUUUAUAAAAUACUUAUCAUGGAUACACAGAGUUCAUCUAAGAUUGCAAAUCUAACUGUCUAUGCCUCAGUGUCUGCUCCUCACAUCAGUCGCUCAGUGGACAGUCCAUUUGAAAAAGUGAGCUGUUCAUUGGCGUGCACAGUGAAGAACGGGAGAGAGGUGAUCUUGUCCUGGUACAGAGGAGAGGAGAUAUUCAACCAGACCAGCAGCCCUGAUCUUCUCGCCAAUCUCUCUCUCCCUCUGGAGUUAAACAAAAUAAAUGUUGACACCUACAGCUGUGAGGCUUCCAACCCUGCUGACUCAAAACCAACUCCACUCAACAUUGAAAUGCUCUGCUCUCAUUUGUCCUCCCGCUCUGCCGUCAAAGAGCCUGGCCCCAUCGCACUGGUCACAUUGUUAGCAGUUGGGAUAAUAAGUGGUGGUAUAUUCUGGGCAGUUAAAAUAAGAACAUGUGGCGCCUGCAAGCAAAGAGAAGAAGACCAACAUUAUACUGAAGUGAAAUUUCAGAGAUUGGUUGGGGAUAUACCGGUAUCUGGCACCGGAGGAGUCUGUUCACCAUAGGAGUCUGUUUUGUACGCAUAUGUCAGAAUCUCACCUUCUGUUCAGUCAGGACUGGAUUCAAUCACUCCUCUCUCAAAGCUGUGACCUUGGCAUGGUUUAGAGGCUUGUGUGUCUCAAUGACCCUGAGAGCUACACCGGAGGCGUCUUUGGCCCCUGGUAGGUUUAGCCAUUCCGGAUUGGUCUCCGGUGAGGGGCCAGACCAAUGAUAGCAUUGGUCGUACAUGUUUCACGUUGGUAUGGUGCUAUAGUGGUAUUGUUGCCUACCUAUGUCAAUGUUACAUGCUGUGUGUAUGUCUUUACUGUAAUUUUAAAUGUGUAUUUUUCAUAGUAUUGUACCUUACUUUGCAAGAAAUGUGCUUGAUAAAAAUGCAAUAUUAUUAUUGUUAUUUAGGUCAUAACAUUUGUCUGAAACCCAAGAUUAGUAGUAUGUAAACAAGCAAAUUAGUUAAAUCAUGGCACCACAUCCACUCCCUGAAAGGCUUUCACCAUUUAUUUUCAAAAUGCUUGUAACCGACUGCCCAAACCUGCUGAUCUCAUGGGUAUGUUUAAAUUUGGAGAGUUUCCACAGACAUAGACUGUUUUCUCUGCUACUGCAUGGCAAGAGGUACCGGAGCACCAAGUCUAGGACCAAAAGGCUCCUUAACAGCUUCUACCCCCAAGCCAUAAGACUGCUGAACAAUUCAUUAAAUGGCCACCGGACUAUUACAUUGACCCUCCCCCCCUUUUGUUUUUAUACUGCUGCUACUCGCUGUUUAUUAUCUAAGCAUAGUCACUUCUCCCCUACCUACAUGUACAAAUUACCUCUAACCUGUACCCCCACACACUGACUCGGUACCAGUGCCCCUGUAUAUAGCCUCAUUAUUAUGUUAUUGUGUUACUUUUAAUUAUUUUUUACCUUUGUUUAUUUGGUCAAUAUUUUCUUAACUCUUCUUGAGCUGCACUGUUGGUUAAGGGCUUGUAAGUAAGCAUUUCACAGUAAAGUCUACACUUGUUGUACUCGGCGCAUGUGACAAAUAAAGUUUGAUUUGAAGGUU